UGUAUAUAUAAAAACAGACGUUAAAAGUAACUUACUAACAAUAUUUAAUUAGUUGUACUAAUGAAUACACGUCAAUUUUUUUUAUUUUGCGUUGCUUUAGCGACAACACAAGCGUUCCACCACUUAAUCCCCCCUGACAAAGAAACCAUCUACUCAUGGAGUGCAGACAUCAAAGCCGGUACUCAUCUUCCAGUACCAUACGCCUCCCAGUACGCCCUUCAAGGUAAAAUCCAUCUUCAGCCUUGCAACAACACAAUAGUUGUCAAACUCACCGAUCUAACACAUCGACUCUACAACGGAAUCAUAGACCAUUUCCACGAAUACGAAGCCAAAAAUGUAUCACUACCUCCGGAAGUGCAAGCUUUGGAAAAUGCAUUUAAAAUUACCUACACUGACAGUGGCUUGGUUGAAGGAAUUUCGACACAAAACAACGAAAAGGACUUUUCGCGCAACAUUAAGAAAGCAAUCGCGAGUAUUUUUCAGCUAAAUAGUACCUUCUUUCGGAAAGAGUACCACCGUCCGGAAUCGUUUGUGGUGAAAGAGAAUUCCAUCUAUGGACAUGGUACUGAUCUCUAUAGUAUUUUCCCACAGAAGGACGGGAAGGUGGAAGUGCACAAAUUACACAACAUGCCUGAUAAUGAAGAUAUAUUUUCUCAUUUUGUUACCAAUACUGAGGGGGCGUCUUGUGAUGUGAAAAGCGGAAAAUCGAUUAUGCAUGACAGUAGGAAAAACUAUAUUCUUCAAAAACAAGACGAUUGUUAUGUUGUUAAGAAAAUAACUGUCGUGGGAUCCGUUGUUUAUUAUCCGUUUAAAGCAAAAUCUGACGCUCAGAUGAUUGUGGUAAAUCAGAAUUUUGACUUAGUUGAAGUCGUACCAAUAAACGACAAGUACCAGAUUAGUGACGAAUAUUUUGAGAAAAGUUUGAGUUACGUUUCGUUUGACAAAAAAACAAACGACGAAACGAACGGUCGACGAAGUAUCGACUACGACAAACUCUUACCCAUGGUACGCGAUAUGCUGGAAGAUAUACCACAAUACAUGCGCGAAGACCAUAUUAACACCAAAGAACCAGAUCGAAAACGCGGUCAACUAAUCAAUCGUGUGCAGCAAAUUUUACUCAAAUUCACACUUGAAAAAUUCAAGGAGUUACAGUCGACGUUGUCAACACAAGCACUAAACGCCUACUACCAUAUUCUUCCUUUAGUAGGUACCGAAGCAUCACUUCUCUACAUUAAAACUUUAAUCGUUACUAAGACAAUCGGUGAAGACUUAGCCAUCGACGUGUUACAAAACAUAGCAGGACACAUCCGACCUUCAGCCCCCUUAGUCCAAAAACUCGAAGACCUCAUCCAUUUAGAUUCAACUUUCACCUGGAACUUGCGAAAAGUCGCCAUCUUGAGCUUCGGCAACAUAAUCUACAAAUCAUACCUGAAUCAACUCCAGUCGAACACAGAUAACCCGCAAACACCCUACGAAAAGUACGUCGACGAGUACAUCCAUAAUCUACGAAACUCUACAACAUACAUAGUCCAAGUGACGUACCUUCUGGGUCUUCGCAACAUGAAACUACCCAUUCUUGCCCACCGUUUACUUCCAGCUCUCAACGGGAAAUGGUGGUCGAACCAGUACUUGCGAUACAUGGCAAUAUGGGCUUUGGCACCCCCUAUUCUUACCAGUUCUGGUCCUGAUAAACUCAUAGAAUCGUUCUGGACUCUUUUUACAAAUCGUAACGAAAAACUAGAAAUAAGGAGCUUCGCGUACUACUAUAUCAUGUACUCUCGGCCAAAUUUGUCGUUGUUGAGGAGCAUUUUCGCGUAUAUGUUGACUGAACCUGACGACGAAAUGUACCGUAUACAUUAUACACUGUCGCAUACUUUGAUGCAGUCGACUGAUCCGUGUCAUCAAGAGAUUAAAGUGAGGUUAUCACAAGUGAUGAAGUUUAGUCCACCGCCUCGUCGUGGUGUCUCUUAUAUCAAUUUCUUCGGGUACAAAGAUGAAGAGUUCGGGUUUAGUACUAGUGUCCAGAAGUACUUCUGGAAGUCGAAUGAGCUAAGAAUGUAUUGUUAUUACGUUACGUCGCAGCUGUUCUACAAUUACGAAGAGGAGUGGGUAAUAUAUUGGAAGAUCCGUGAUGGGAGAGACAAGGAUCCAGGGCUUGUACAAUCCAUUGUUGAUAUUAUAACAACGAGGCGACUGGAGAGUUCUGAUUUUCAUAUAGAAGCUAGUAUCGCUAGACGUGGACAAGUUAUCAACAUGUUCGCCUUCGAUAAACAUAGCAUAGACGAACUGGUUUCGUUUCUGAAGUUCUUCAUCGCAUAUGUACCCGAACUGAACAAAGAUCUCUUAUACAUAACUCACGAAAGGUACAAUUCUUAUAUAAUUCCGACGGAUCUUGGUAUUCCCGUUUUCUGGCAGUACUUCAUGCCAGAAGUACACUACAACAACUUGACUAUAAAGAAGGAAAUUCUGGACGACACGGUUAACGUUCGUCUUGAGAAUAAAUACGGUGCUUGGAUUCACUACAGGCACGGUUUGAGCUUCUACAACCCAGUCGCUGACGUUUGGCAAGGAAUAAACAAGUACCAUACUUACGACGCACUUUUGCCUCUUCAUUUCAACGUCUCCUUAGACUACACCCAACAGAAUUUGGAAAUACACUGGCAGAAACACAACGAUUCUUUGAUGAACGUCGCUGGGGUUAAAACCCACGCAAAACAGCUCGUUUUUGUCCGAGAUUCAGACGACUACGAGAAAAAAGUCUUGGGUGAAUUCGUCCCGCAAGGAGAAGAGUUUCAAAGCGUUGGACCCGGCAAACAGUUUAGACAUGAUUACCCUCUCAUCGACAAAGAUAACCUAGACACAGGCCACAGGUUGCACAUCGUCAACUACGACAGUGAUAUUCACGCCCCCUAUGGCGUGUUUAAAAGCCGACUGUUCAUGUUUGCGGAUCCUUCGUCUAAAUACUUUCAGUCGCCUUUGCAACACGGGGUUUUAGUAUGGCUGAACUUCCAUCGUGACAUGGUACUACUUCCAAGAGCAGGGACAUACGGUUUCGUCGCCAGGCUAGAACCAAGUCAAGAACUACGUGUUACCAAAAUUGAUAUUCUUUUCCAUCACAGAUUGGAUUCUCAUAGUAAAAACUCUCACGUUUCUGGAUUCGACUCUCACUCACGUUUGGUGUACAAAGUGAAAAACGAAGAAGGGAUUUUGAAAACGUGGGAUUUGAAUGCGUUGCUUGAAGUUGCUGAAGGACAUAACUACGGCAAGUUGAAAGCCAAGCUGAGUCGUAUUCUUCCUCAACAAAAGGACUACAGGUUGUGUCUUCAUGGUUUUAAAAAAUGGGCAACAAAGAAAGUUGAUGGGCACUGGACUGUCACUAUGGGAGAAACCGAAACUAGUGAAUGCGUUAACGACACCGUGAUUGAGAUAACAUCAAUGGGUAGACAAUCUCACGAGCAACAAAGUGGAAAACAAUUAAAUUGUCAGAAUGUUAUACCGUACUCCGGACAGUACUACCGCAACUUGAAAUGUUUGCUCAGUGAUAGUACUCUCAGACACUACACUUACGAUGUAACUAGUACCAACGUACCAACAUUCUUAAAACAAAUAUUUACAAAUUUGGGAGACGACUUGAAGGGUUUGUUCCGGUCUUACUACACCUACAAGAUUGAACGCAAUGACAAUAUAACUAAAGAUUCUUUCAAAGUAGACGUGACGUUCCCGUUGGCUGCACACGAAGUGAAUGUUGAAGUGGCAACAACCGAACAAACGUACGAAUUUUCAGGAGUACCACUAAAGUACUGGGACUGGUUUAAAGUCGCCCCUGAAUCUACAACGUACUCUUUAGGUUUAAUAGACAAGUACGAAAACGGUGAGAUCGAUUACUGCAUCAUCCAGAAUGAUCGUCGCUACCUGAAUAAACAAUCUGUGUUAGAAGAAGUACCAAACGAAUGGACUUUGUACGUCGCAGGUGAUUCGGAGAGUCACGACCACGUCUACCUAAAGCAAAUUGAUCACAAAAUCGCGGUUAAAUUGGUUGAUGGUCAUCAUACUUUAGAAGUACUACCGGUGGCCGACGAUUUUCAUACUACAUUAGAUGGUACUAUCACUUCGUCAAAAGAACUUCAAGAAGACUGGAUCCACUGUCGUGUGUUUGGUGGAGACAGUCACGAAUCUCUCGUGGUCUUUUUGACACACAGUGGAGUUAAUUUAGAAUAUGAUGUCAAAAGUGUAAUAAUCACGAUUCCAGAGGGAAGUCCUUGGCAUGGUCAAUGUUAUGCUGUUGCAUCCAAUAAAGAAACAAUAUCACCUUCGACGGAAGCUGUGGUACCUAUUACCGAAAAAGUACCACCUUUGCUGAACAAGAUCGUAAAAACUAGAUAUUUAGGUUAAUUUUUUGGUUGUUAUGUAACAAAAAAUACACAUAAUAAUGUAAUAAAAUAAAAAUGAGUUGUUGA